AUGGAUGAUACUCCAAUUGAUAGCCCAGACUUCUCUUCUCUGUUCAACUCAAAUGAAGUUUUCAAAAUUUCGGAAAUUGCAUCAGACCCUUUUGCCACCCUGUUUCCUUGUGAUGAUCUUAUUCAAGUGACAUCCCAAGUGGAGGAAGUUUCAAUGGAUUUGGAAGCAUAUGAGACUAAUUUGAUGAUAGAGGGUUUCUAUGGUAAUUCAUUGGAAGGGAGUGAAGGGAGUUUUCCAUCACAGCAAGCUUCUUCACACCAAUUUUCUGCUGAAGGAAAUGAUGUGUGGAGUCCAAAUUCAAUAGUGAAUUCUGAAGCAUCAUCAAUGGACUCAACAUCAAUCCAAUCACCACUAAAUUUGCCUAGAGAAGAGGAGGGAAUCGAGAACCAAUUGAGUAUUUGUCAUCUACUUCAAGCUUUUGCUGAAGCCAAGGAAUAUGGCCAGAAAGAUCUAGAGGAGGUUAUUCUCAGCUGCAUCAGUGAGAAAGUCAGCCCAAUUGGAGAGUCUUUCGAACGCCUUGCAUUCAACUUGUGCCAAGAAGUUGUUGAUGAACAUCAACAAGGCGGCGAUUAUCUCAAACAAGAAUCCUUGAAGAAUUUUGAGGCUGCAUUUAAGGUGUUCAUCCAAAACUUCCCCUAUGCUAGGUUUGCUCACUAUGUAGCAAACUCAGCAAUCCUCGAGGCGAUACCAGCGGAAGCUGAGGCAAUUCACAUUGUGGAUUUCGACAUGAGAGAAGGGGUCCAGUUGUCUCAACUUAUUGAGGCUUUAGCACAAAGAUUCAAAACACUAAAAGUGACAGCAAUCAAGUGGGAAGAGGAAGAGAGUGAUUGUGCUCCUCCACACGGGAGAUUUGAGGAGACAAAGAAGCAACUCCAGAACCAUGCUAGAUCCUUUGGCUUAAACUUAAAGGUGGAAGAAGUAGCAAUGGAGGACUUGGUGACUGAGAUAAAGAAGGCAAAGAAGAGGGGUGGAGGGAAAGAAUUCUUAGCCUUCAACUGUAUGGUUUCACUUCCACACAUGAGGAGGAGAAGAAGCAGAGGGCAUGUCAUGGAGUAUCUGAGACUGGCUAAGGAGUUAGCCAAUUCUGGGAACUCCAAGACUACUAAAAGUGGUAUUAUAACUUUCGGUGAUGGGGAUGCUUGUGAGAGACUUGGAAAUCACUCGAGUUUCAGCUCAUUCUUUAAUGAGAAUCUAGUGCAUUACCAAGCCUUGUUGGAGUCAAUGGAGUUGAAUUUCCCAAGUCAUCUGGCAGAAGCAAGAAUGGCGAUGGAAUGCAUCUUCAUAGCACCUUUUGUCUCUUCCCAGGCUUGGUUCCAAAAGUGGACAGAAAUGAAGGACUGCCAUGUUCAACCAUGGUUCGGACUUGAGGGUCGGAGAUUGAGCAAAGAAAAUUUGAUGGAAGCCAAGGAAAUUGUGGGAGAUGAAAGAUCCUAUGGAAUCAGGAUUGAAGGACUCAAUGGGAAUGAAAUGGUAUUGGAAUGGAGAGGAACUCCUCUGGUUAGAGUAUCAACUUGGGAAAACCAAAGCUAA